CUGCGCCCUCCCUCGGGUCGGCCCCGCUCCCGUGGCUUCCAAUUAGUAUGUGGGUGUCUCCCAAGAGGAGCAGAAUGGAAGUCGACGAGACCAAGGUGUUCCGGCCCGAGUGGACCCAGCGUUACUUGGUGGUGGAGCCUCCAGAGGGCGAGGGGGCCCUGUGCCUGGUCUGCCGGCGCGUGGUGGUCGCCACCCGCGAGCGCGACGUUCGGCGCCACUACGAGGCCGAGCACGAGCACUACGAGCGGUACGUGGCGGAGGGCGAGCGCGCGGCCCUGGUGGAGCGGCUGCGGCAGGGCGACGCCCCACCGGUGGCCCAGCUCACCCCCGAGGAGCGGGCGGCGCGCGCGGGCCUGGGGCUCGCGCGCCUCCUGGCCCUGAAGGGGCGCGGCUGGGGCGAGGGCGACUUCGUGUCCCAGUGCAUGGAGGUGAUGCUGCGGGACGUGCUGCCCGAUCACGUGAGCGUCCUGGACAGCAUCGACUUCUCGCCCGAGAUCACCCGGCAGAGGGUCCUGAACAUCGACCGCAACCUCCGCGGCCAGCUCUACCAGCGGACCAAGGACUACAAGGCCUACUCGCUGGCCUUGGACGACCAGGCCUUCGUGGCCUACGAGAACUACCUCCUGGUCUUCGUCCGCGGCGUGGACCAGGACCUGCAGGUGCAGGAGGAGCUGCUGACCCUGGUCAACCUGACGCAGCACUUCAGCGUGGGGGCCCUCAUGGCUGCCAUCCUGGAGGCGCUGCAGACGGCCGGGCUGAGCCUGCAGCGCAUGGUGGGGCUCAGCACCACGCACACGCUGCGGAUGGUGGGCGAGAACUCGGGGCUGGUGUCCUACAUGCGCGAGAAGGCGGUCAGCCCCAACUGCUGGAACGUCAUCCACUACUCGGGCCUGCACCACCUGGAGCUGCUGACCUCCUACGACGUGGACGUGAGCCAGAUCAUCAACACCGUGUCCGAGUGGGUGGUGCUCAUCAAGACCCGCGGCGUGCGGCGGCCGGAGUUUCGGGACCUGCUGCAUGACUCGGAGUCGGAGCACGGCGAGCGGGUGAACGGGCGAUGCCUCAACAACUGGCUGCGGAGAGGGAAGACCCUGAAGCUCAUCUUUUCCCUCCGGAAAGAGAUCGAGGCGUUCUUGGUCUCCAUCGGGGCGACCACGGUGCAUUUCACCGACAAGAAGUGGCUCUGUGACUUCGGCUUCUUGGUGGACAUCAUGGAGCAACUCGGAGAGCUGAGUGACCUGCUGGGCGUUAGUAAGGUGUUCGCCGCCGUCGCCUUCGACCACGUCUGCACCUUUGAAGCGAAGCUGGGUCUGCUGCAGAGGCACAUAGAGGAGAAGAACCUCACACACUUUGCUGCCUUGAGAGAAGUGGUGGAUGAGCUUAAGCAGCGUCUCAAAGAGGACGAGAAAAUAUUUGAUCCCGAGCGGUACCGGGUGGUGAUCUGUCGCCUGCAGAAAGAGUUCGAGAGGCACUUCAAGGACCUCAGGUUCAUUAAGAAGGACUUGGAACUUUUUGCGAAUCCCUUUAACUUCAAGCCUGAGUACGCUCCCAUUUCUGUUCGCAUGGAGCUCACCAAACUUCAGGCCAACACCAACCUCUGGAAUGAGUACAGAGUCAAGGACCUGGGGCAGUUCUAUGCAGGUUUGUCUGCAGAGUCUUACCCCAUCAUCAAAGGGGUGGCCUGUAAGGUGGCGUCCUUGUUCGAUAGCAACCAAAUCUGCGAAAAGGCCUUUGCUUACUUGACUCGCAACCAGCACACGUUGAGCCGGCCGCUGUCAGAUGAGCAUCUCCAGGCCCUAUUUAGGAUCGCCACGACUGAGCUAGAGCCACACUGGGAUGACCUGGUGAGAGGGAGGAACCAGACCCCUCCCUGAGCCUGGGUACUGCAGCACUCAAAUGAGCCACAGUAACCCGGUGUGAAAGCAAAUGUUUAUUCUUAUUUUUC